CAUUCAAAAGCCAAACAGCAUCUUCUCUCUAAAGAACCCCAUUAACCUACCAAACCAAAAUACAUAACCAACACUAAUAUCCAUUCUUUGUGCCAAUUAAAAACCAAUAUUCGCAUCUCUUUAUUUUCUCUUUCUAACUAAAACCUCAUUUAAUAAAUUUAGAAACCACAACCACUAGUAGGCAUAUUACUUAGCUGGAUUUUGUUAUUCUAAUUGUGAGGAGUAAAAGAGAAGGACGUGAAAUGAAAGAGGGGCUACCAGAAAUCGAGUAACACGUUUCUCUACCGCUAAUAUUUCACAUCCUUAUCCUCUUUCUGACUAUUCCCAUUUUCCUCCAUACCCUCUUUUGUCUCCUUUCUUUCUUUCUCUAUCUAAAUCUACCUUACUUAUUUUCUUUUCUUUUUCCAUCCAUUUAGUAUACUUCUCUUCUAUCUUUAUCUAUCCUCUCUAUCCUUUUCUUUUCUUUUUUGAAACCCUCGACUCAUCGCCGUGCUCAAAGGUUGGACCUUUUUAACGAUUGAAUCGGGGGUUGUAUCUUUUUUUGUUUUGUUUUUGUUUUUUGUUGCUUGUUAUUAUGGCUUUGGUGGCGGCUUUGCUUGAGAUUUUAGAAAGACCUAGUUUUGGGGAGGUAUUAUUAGAGCUGGUGAUGUUUAUGGGUCCCAUCUGGAUUGCUGUUGUUGUUGGGGUAUUGGUGGGAUGGGUGUGGAAGCCCAAGUGGGCUAAGCUUGGCCCUGAUUCCUUUGAUUCAACAGAUGUUUCUGCCUCUUCUUCUUCUUCUUCCGGUAUGCUCCUCCACAGCUUGUCUUCUGGGUUUGCUUCCCUCAAUCCUCUCAAAUUGCAACUUCCCACCUGCAACAUUCCUUGGAUCAAGGAAACUCAGUCCCCGCCCUCUAUUUCAUGUUCUAGCUCCAGUUCAUUGGAGCUGGAAGGCGAGAAAUCAGUAGUAACAGAGGCAGACCUUCUUUACUUAGACGGAUUGGUUGAAGAGUCAGAUGGAGGACCUGCUUGGAUUCAAAUGAUGGACCGUUCUACCUCAAACAUGUCCUAUCAAGCUUGGCGUAGAGAUCCUGAGACUGGACCCCCACAAUAUCGUAGCAGAACUAUAUAUGAGGAUGCCACUCCAGAAAUGGUGAGGGAUUUCUUCUGGGAUGAUGAAUUCCGGUUGAAGUGGGAUGACAUGCUUAUUCAUGCUCAAACAUUAGAAGAGUGUCCUACCACUGGAACCAUGAUGGUUCAGUGGGUGCGUAAGUUUCCCUUCUUUUGCAGUGAUAGAGAAUACAUCAUAGGCCGUCGAAUUUGGGAAUCAGGGCGAACUUACUAUUGUGUCACAAAGGGUGUACCAUGCUCCUCUGUGCCUCGUCGCAACAAACCAAGACGUGUUGAUCUCUACUAUUCAAGUUGGUGCAUUCGUGCAGCUGAAUCCAAGAGAGAUGGUCGGAUGACUGCAUGUGAAGUGAUACUCUUUCAUUAUGAAGACAUGGGUAUACCUUGGGAAAUUGCAAAACUCGGGGUUAGGCAAGGAAUGUGGGGAGCUGUGAGAAAGAUUGACCCUGGUUUACGUGCAUACCAGAAACAGAGAGCAUCCGAAGUCCCAAUUUCAAGAAGUGCAUUCCUGGCGCAGGUCAACACCAAAGUUGACAUUGACAACCUCAGAUCACUGGGGAACAGAACCAAUCUGUCUGAGAUUGAGCCUGAGGAUUCAUACGAGAAGCCUGCGCGAAGGAACAUACCAAGGUUUCUAGUUAUUGGUGGGGCAGUUGCCCUUGCUUGUAGUCUUGAUCGUGGACUCCUGACAAAAGCAGUUAUAUUUGGAGUUGCUAGAAGGUUCGCAGGGAUUGGGAAAAGGUUGUGAGACUGCUCUAGUAUGUCAAAGGCAUUUAUAUACAUCAUCUGACCCAUAGGAGAACAUACUUUGCCAGCAAGGCAGCCACUGUGAAGAGCUAUGCAAGCUAGAUCCUCCUCCACCGCGAAGAGCAUCAAGAGUUAUAUUCUGUUGUUUCUGUCGAGCUGCAACGCAGCCACUGUUCAGGAGAAUCCAGAUAAUAUACAUGUAUUCUUUGAAAAUUCUGGUUAUCACUGAAUAUCUCAUGCUGCAAAUAAAAGCAGAGCUGAUUCUUUUUAUGGACCUAUUAAAUUUUUCUUGCUUUUCUUCUUCGAUGGUUCACAGAUAUUCCCCGACUUAGGGACUGGGAAAGUUGGUUCAGAUAUGUGGUGAGAAGAGGCUCAGAAUUGGCUGGCCUUGGCAUUGUGCUAGCUCACCUUCUAUAAUAAUCCCUCAUCUGAUACAGUUUGCAUAAGACCGUGUAACAAGUGCCUACAACAUGACACAUAUGCUUGUAUCAGGUCAACUGAAAUGUUACUGCAUCAAAUAAUAGGGGGUGAAGUGACAUUAA